AUUAGAAAUUACUAGACGACGAAAUAAUGCUACGUAAUAUCUAUUAAUCUAUAUAUUCGAGAUAUUUUUUAAAGAGAUAAUAUUGAUGCGAGAGAACCACUUACAUAGUUCUAAUUAUCCCAUAGGUCAUAUCAAUCCCAAAAUAGACACUUGGAGUUCUCCAUCGCCAAUAAACAGUUACCGACAUUAGGCAAAAUUAUAUCGUGCCAAUAAACCUCGCCGACGUGGUUUCAGAUUACACAUGGCACCACAAAGGUGUCUCCAUUUUGGUCUAUAAAUAAAACAACAAUCCCACAUCUCUCAUCAUCAAGCAAAAACAAAACACAUCCAAAUUCAUAAAAACAAAAAUAUAUUCUUAAGAGAAAUGGCAGACAACAAGCAAAGUUUCCAAGCCGGUCAAGCCGCUGGUCGUGCUGAGGAGAAGUCUAAUGUGCUGAUGGACAAGGUCAAGGAUGCUGCUACCGCUGCUGGAGCGACUGCUCAAACCGCAGGACAGAAGAUAUCGGAGACCGCAGGAGGAGCUGUUAAUCUUGUGAAGGAGAAGACUGGCAUGAACAAGUAGUGGACUCAAAAUAAAAUUGGCAGCUAUUUAAUAUCCCUUCCUAAUCAAUUGUUGUGGUUUUAAAUAAAAUUGGGAGUUCAUAUUGAUUCUCAUCUUCAUCAUAGUAGUUGUUGUUGUUGUUGUUGUUGUGUUUAGUGUUUUAAAUACUUGAAUUAAUGUUUCUCCCCUUAGGUUUGUACUUAAAUUAAAUACUUUGUUUCCCAUUAAUAGAAAACAUGUAUAAUUUUAAGUUCCAACAA